GACGGUUUAAUAGCAGCUGGGGUCACGGUUAAACAUGACAGAGAAAGAAGCAGAGAAGCGGCCAGAGGAUGACGCUGAGGAGGACGACGAGGAGGACUCUGACGAGGAGCGCAGCGAUGCAGCAAGCACUUCCAGUAAAAGCUCGGUUAACAGUGUCGACUCUAGCUCUAAGAAAAAGAAAAAGAAAAAGAAGAAGAAGAAGGGCAAGGGGUCCCAGGGAACGGUCGGUGAUGCUGCACAGGCGCCGCAGCCUGCAGCACAGCCUGGCCUCACCAAGGCUCAGAAGGCUGAGGCGGAGAAGAGGUUCGCAGCCGCUUUGGAUGCUUGCCGUGGCAGCACGGAAAUGUGGGUCAAGCUGGCCCACUGCAACAUUUUUGAUGCUAAAGCGAAGAAGCUCGCAGACGCACUCCGGACGAACUCAUGUAUCACCUGCCUUGAUCUUUCUGGGAACAACAUCUCGGACGAAGGCGCCCAGGCAUUGGCUGCCAUGCUGAGCGCAUCGGGUGCUCCCGAGCUGAUUGAGCUCGAUCUCCGGGACAAUCCCCUCACUCCAGCAGGGACCCAGGCUAUGGAAGCAGUUUUUAGAGCUCGCAAGCAGCUUGUCGUUAAGCUUGGGCCGUUGAACCCUCCGGCGCCGGAAAAAACGGGGUCUGCCGCCGGGGUCAAGGAUGGUGUACACGGUGCCAGUAGCAUGAAGGAGGUCACGAAGGGGCCCAUGUUUCGAAAGUUCUUCCAAACUGGGGACGACGAUGACGACACAGCUGCUGGGCAAGGGGAGCAGGAGGGGCCGCUUGGCGACGGGGGACUGGCACCAGAAGAGCUGUGGUCGGAGGUUAAGGCGCUGGUGGCAGCCGGCACGGCGAGCAUACCCAAACUCAGCUCGCUGCUGCAGCGGCUUAUUGCGCACCUCAACCGAGAGCUUGGCACGUUGCAGGUCCCCCACACGGACGCUGCAGUGGAUGGCUCCCGGCCGCACAUCAAGGGCUGCAUCAUGAACUUGGACACUCUUGGUACGAUUCUGGAUAUGGUGCCUCGCCAGGUGACCAUGCAGUAUGUGUCCGAGGCGCAGCCUGCUGUGGGGAGUCACAGAGUGUGGGCAACGGAAAUUGUGUCGAUGCUGCUCGCGCCCAACCACACCGCUGUGGACAAUCUCGUUGCGGCAUCGAAGCUGGUCCCUCGCGUGCUGGCGCUCAGCCUGGCGCACCCCAUGUGCUCCGCGUUGCAUACGCGCGCGCUGCGCGUGCUGCGCUCGUGCUGCGUAUCAAAGGUAGCAGCGCUGUAUGGGCCGCUCUUCACGGCAGGCAUGGGCGCAGGACUGACGGCGGGCGAGGGUAGCGAGGAGCCGUGCGGCAGCUUGCAGCAGCAGCUCGCGCAUCUUGCGUCACCAUCGCUGGGCAUUCCGAGCGGUCGGCGCGACCCGUUGGUGGGUUUUGUGCUGGAGGCGUGCAAGGUGCUACGGGCCUGCUGCGAUGAAGCCAACCGCGACUCCAUUCUCAACAUAAACGUGCGACGGCUGCUGCUGAUGGACCCCCAGUGGUCGGACUUCGUGAGCGAGGGCGGUGUGUUGGGGCAGCUGUGCAAGGAGCAGGAGGGCGACCUGGGCGGGCCCCGCGCGGCGCGGGUGCAGCUGGAGGACAGCAACGAGCUGGCGGAGCUGGCGGGGGGGGGCCUGAUCAGCAGCCAUGAAAUUCUGGCACUGCUGCACGGCAUGAACGCACUGGGUAUGCAGACGUCGUCAGGGCAGUAA